CAUGGGCCUGUAGGCAAGGACAAGGCGGUGGUCAGGGCCUUCUGGGCCAAGGUGUCCGGCAAGGCUGAGGACGUCGGAUGCGAUGCUCUGUCUAGAAUCCUUGUGGUGUACCCCCAGACCAAGACAUACUUCUCUCACUGGCCGGACCUGAGCCCCGGUUCUUCCCUGGUCAGGAAGCAUGGUAAGACCAUCAUGGGAGGCGUCGGUGAAGCCGUGGCCAAGAUCGACGACCUCACCGCAGGUCUCCUCACCCUCAGCGAGCUGCACGCCUUCCAGCUGCGGAUAGAUCCAGCCAACUUCAAGAUCCUGUCCCACAACAUAUUGGUGGUGCUGGCCAUUUUGUUCGGCGACUUCACCCCAGAGGUUCAUGUGUCCGUGGACAAGUUCCUGGCCGCCCUGGCCCUGGCUCUGGCCGAAAAGUACAGAUAAACCAUGGGGCAUCAUCAGACCAGACAUAUGGCAGCAUGUGCUCGAUGAUCUGUCUUGUUCUAAAUUAUGAAUAAAUGUUCAAACGCACAUAA